AUGGUGAAUAGUGUUGAUGAUGAUGAUUAUGUUGAUCAUGACGACGACUAUGAUGAUGAUGAUGAUGAUGGCGAUUUCGAUUUCGAUGUCGAUGUCGAUGUCGACAUAGAUGAUGAUGAUAUGUUCGUUGUUGCAAAAGUAUCGUUUUUAAAAUUUUCUGGACAUCAAAGAUCGAUGUGUUUUGUUAUUGUUUGGGGAAACAACAAAGUAUGA